CGUGGCUGGGAUCGCUGUUACUCUAGCAGCUGCUGUUUGUGCUGCUAUGUCCAGAUUGGGACUAUCACUCUGGGGGAGUUGAUUAUCAAUGCAGUGGUGCUGCUCAUUCUACUUUCUGCCCUCAGCGACCCUGACCAGUAUCAUAUAACAACUGCUGAACUAGGCAAUGAAUUUGAUUAUAUUUGCAUCGUUACUGCCAUAUCCCUCCUUAUGAUAUUCAUCUGCGGAAUGGCAACAUACGGUGCACACAAGCAACAUGCUGCCUGGAUCAUUCCAUUCUUCUGCUACCAGAUCUUUGACAUGUCCCUUAACACCUUGGUUUCAAUUAGUGUUGUUGUAUAUCCUACUGCAAUUCAGGACUACCUCCAACAGUUGCCUGGUAAUUUCCCAUUUAAAGAAGAGAUUAUGUCAAUGAAUGCCACAUGCCUGGUUCUGAUUGUGCUGAUGUCCAUUGGGGUCAUUCUGACAUUUAAGGCUUACCUGAUUGCCUGUGUGUGGAACUGCUACCAGUAUGUUAGUGGCAGGGGCUCUGCAGAUGCCUUGGUGUACAUGACUACUAAUGAUACUAUGAUACUGUUGCCACCAUAUGACGAAUCAAUGACUGUCCCUGCCAAGUAUCCCCCCCCCCCCCCUUAUGUCUCUGCUUGA